ACCCACUUGAUACCGUGAGAAGCUCUACAUGUAUACUACCUGAAUACGUCACUCGUUUCGUCAUCGUGUUCUGAAUCUCGACCAAUAUAAUUCGUGUGUGAGCCUCCGAUCUGAAGUGUUCAAUUAGACUACUGUGAUAUAACAUUUGUAGAUAUAAUCGAUAUAGGAUGACAUGACUUGAUCAUUGCUGACCCCUCUGGAUUCUGAUCAAGAUGGAUUUUGCGAUGAGGAGCGCGGCUGUCUUGAUACUUGUUGCUGGCUUGUUGGAUGCAGUCACAUGGAAUUAUGAUCCAACCGGCGACCACGGCCCCCACAAUUGGCACAACAUGUAUGCGGAUGAGUGUGACUCUACCAAGUACCCACGACAGUCGCCAAUCAACAUCGAGAGAGGUCUCCUUCACUACGAUCCCGGCCUCGACGAUAUGCGACUCAACAACUUCGGCGGUGAAAAUGUGACGUGGCAGGUCAAAAAUACGGGACAUACCAUAAAGUUCGACGUAAUUGAUAACAACAUCGAGUCAGAAGGAGGACCAGUCGGCGACAUCCAUUACUACGUGUUGAAUCUUCAUAUACACUGGGGUGAUGACAAUGAAACUGAUGGUCACGGGUCCGAACACACCAUCCUGGGACAGCAGCACAGGGCAGAGAUGCAUAUCGUCCACGUGAACCACAUGCACCAGCAUCUCGGUGAACCUGAUCUCCUACAGAAAGACGAUGGCCUACUUGUACUUGGAAUAUUUAUAGAUGUCGCUAAUCAAUCUAAAGGCCAAGUUCCCAAUAAAGAAUUCGAAAAAAUAUCAGAGGCGGCUAAAAUGGUAAAAGAUAAGGCUGGAAUGGUACAAAAUCUUACUACGGGAUUUUUUAACUUGGGCAAACUUCUACCGUCUAACCUCCAUGACUAUUACACCUACCCAGGAGGGCUGACCACGCCCAACUGCCACGGAGCCGUCACGUGGGUUGUGUGGAAACAGGUCAUCUAUAUCACACAGGAACAGCUGAAUCUCUUCUUCACCGUGAAGGACGAGGAUGGGAAUAACAUGACGAACACGUGGCGGCCACCACAGCCGGUCAAUCACCGAAUAGUCCGCACGACCGCAGAGGCAGACGGGCUCAAUGGGUCAACCUGUGCCAGUGCCAGUUGGGGGCUUCUCCUAUCGGCGUUCCUUUGGCUGCGUUUAUCAACUCCUGCAUAACAAUCUUGACGUGUAUUCUAGUGAUAGUUUGCUUCACACAACAGUAUGCCAACAACUGGUGUAUAAGCUUAUUGAUGACUUGUUUGACUAUUGACAAAAGCAAUUUUCUUGAUUUUUUAUAUGUUCACAAAGAUAUUCUGUAUAAAGACAUCAAUGAAGAUUUAAGGGUCAAACUCAUUAAGAAAUAUAUAUUUGGAUAUUGUAUAUGUUCGUGUAAGCUAGUAUAGUGAUGUUUUUUGGCAUUGCCAUGACACCCACAACUAUGCAUUAUAACCGAUUUGUGCAGCUAUGGAAUCGUUAGUGAUGUGACCAUUAUCAUUAUCUUUGAUAUGUGGAUACAUGUAUAUUGUGUAUCGUGGGAGAGUAAAAGUAACAGCUUCAAACAUGA